GUGUACGCCACCAUACCCGACAUGUGUCGUUUUAAUUUUGUUUUUAAACAGGGUCUUGCUCUGUAGCUCAGGCUGGCGUCUACCUUCCAUGUGCUGGAAUGACAGGUGUGAGCUACCACAGCUGGUGCUCUGCCUGCUUUAGAAUGUUUCCCCUGUAGUUUGUCACAGAGUUUCCUUAUUUUUAUCUUCUGAGCCUCCUUGAAGCCCAUUGAAGAAACUGAGGUCUUCCACCCUAGACCAACUUGGACAGGAAUCUGGUUACUAGAGCAUCAUGCCUAGGCUCCCAGGAGUACCUGCUACACACUGGGCUCUCACAUCCAGACGGAAAAACCCUCCCUUCCUGGAGCAGGCAUGAAUGAGCCAGAUGAAGAACUAAAGGUCCAGAGAGGCUGACUGUGCGCACCGAGGUGGCCCAGCCUGGAGACUGAGCUGACUUGAACUGAGUGAGCAGUGUGCCUCUGUUUCCCCAACUGACAAGUGGAACCAUAACACUAGCCUGGGCCCCCCAAGAUCAUUGCCUGCUGGAGCUAACUUGCAUGGGGACAAGCGCAGGCUUUGCGGCCAUGAAGCUGAACGAGCGCAGCCUGGCCUUCUACGCAACGUGCGAUGCGCCAGUGGACAAUGCUGGCUACCUACACAAGCGUGGUGGACGCGGGGCGGGCUCCCACCGGCGCUGGUUCGUGCUUCGUGGCAACAUGCUCUUCUACUUCGAGACAGAGACCAGCCGCGAGCCGCUGGGCGUCAUCCUGCUCGAGGGGUGCACGGUGGAGCUGGUGGAUGUCCGGGAGGAGUUUGCCUUCGCCGUGCACUUUGCCGGCGGUCGCUCUCGGCCCUACGUGCUGGCAGCUGAUAGCCAGGCAGCCUUGGAGGGCUGGGUGAAGGCGCUGUCACGAGCUAGCUUCCACUACCUGCGCUUGGUGGUGCGUGAGUUGGAGCAGCAGCUGGCAGCCAUGCGGGAGGGAAGCCCUGCCAAUGCCUUGCCGGCCAACCCAAGCCCGGUCUCAAACCUGCGACCCAAGGAGAAUGGCCGGGCAGUAUGGAGUACGCUGCCUGAGCAACCCACUGCAGCCCCCCAGCGCCCACCGCUACCACCCCGUCGCAGGGCCUCUGCUUCCAAUGGGCCCUUGGCAUCAUUUGCCCAGCUGCACGAGCAAUAUGGACUGGAGGUGCGGGCCCUCAGGAGCCAGUGGCGUGGAGGCCACACUGGCCUAGCUGACCUGGAGGUCUCCCGGCAUCCUUCUGGUUCAGGUGGGCCUCAUAGCCAGGACCAGCCCUAAGGGGCCUACUGGCUGUGAGGGAAGCCUGAGUACAGUACCACUUGGGCUCAAGACAGGCUUCCAGGGGACAUAGGACAUGUGACCCAGAAGACCUGACCUCUGGGCUCAGUGGCAGUUACUGCCAAGAACCUGGGACCUGAACAUUCUAUAAGAACUCAAGGAAUUGGUUGCUAGAGAACCCUGCCCCAGGACAGCCCUGGAGUAGGCCACAGGCCCAUGGGGCCCAAGGUCCAUCUGGUGCCGGUCCUCACAGGGAUCAGGAAGCCUGGGCCCAGUGGCUGCUGCCUGGGCUUCUCAUGUGGGUCAGAAGCAGCAGGUAGAAGGUGGAGUUAAACGGGAUAAAUCCCCAAGGCCCUGGCCUGGAACCAACUGAGGCAGGACUUUGCCCGGCCUUGGCAGGCAGGGCCUCUUAGAGCCAACUAACCUCCAGUCCUGGGCUGUGGCCGAGCUUCCUCCCAGGUUCACCUCUGCCUGAUUCCAGACAACCAGUGGGCCUCCCUGCUGGGUCUCUUCUCAGUGCUGGCUCUCUUCCAGAGUGUUGGGCGGGACAACCUGCCCCACCUGGGUCUUGUUUACAGUCCUCCUCAGUGCCCUGCCCUGGGGACUGGAGGACACUCACUCCAGUCUCUGCGUCAGAUGGACAGAUUUCACCCUGGCCCCACUCCUCUGUCCCGGGAGGCCCUGUGUUGGGGUUCUGUAGGUGAUUCUGCCACCAGAGCCUCUUGGCUGCCUGCUGGCUCAGGCGCCAAGGGCUUGGCUGUGGGUUUUACUUUGAAGUAUAUAAGGUAUUGCAUUUGUCUUUCUUCCAGCAGUGAAGUUUAGUGUCCGCACCGCCCUCCCGUUACUGUUGACUGGAGGGAAGGGGUGGCAUUGUCCCUAGGGAGUCCGGCCCUACCAGGAGACACACUGACGCCUAGCUGUCCCCUGAGCUCUGCUGUCUGCACAGGUGCCUCUGGGGACUUGGUCCCUAUCUUUUUAACUCUCCCACUGGGUGGGGCUCAGGACUCCCUGGUGUGACCCAGCUGAGGCAUAGACUCUAGUCUGGGGUGGGUUUACAAACGCUAAAGGUACAGGGCAGGAGGUGGGGAGGGGAGAGGUUCCCUUUUCUCCCAAAGCACAAAGGUGGUCCAGCUGACUCUAGGGCUAAUAAGAGAUUUUGCCUUGAACAGGGUACGAGGGCCAAAAUAAAAGCUGGUCAAGGAA